AUGGCGUGGAGCUGCACCAGUACUCAACGAACGGCGACCUGCUUUUCAGGCACGAGUAGUGUUAUCAGUUUAGGUAGUAUAGUGAAACAACUCAAAGAAGUAUCUGUGGGUGAUUAUGUUCAGGUGGUUGAUCAUGGUCAAUUAAAGUACGAGCACAUGCUCGGUUUUAUUCAUUCUGAACCAAAUGAUUUGUAUGAUUAUUUGUCGAUCGAUGUCGAAAUGUUGAAUAAUGAAACGACAGUUCUAGAAAUAUCAUCCAAUCAUUUGGUAUUUUUGUACAAUACACCAGAUCCCGUGUUCGCUGGCAAACUGAAAAUUGGUCAACAAUUAAAAACCGUCUAUGAUGGACAUAUUGGCCCCGUAUCUAAUCAUCAAUUAGCACACAUCAUGAUGAAACCCUAUUCAUGGUGGUUAAAAUAUGUUGGAACACAAUUAAAAGUUGGCUAUUCUAAAAAUGUCAAUUGGUACAUUCAGCUAUUGAGUCAACUUACAAUUAAGAUGAAUCCGAAUGUAUUGUAUGAUGGUGUGUACGAAGUAACAGGCUUUAGCUAA